UCGCGGUCCGCCUGUACAUUAAAGACAUUGACGUUCCUUCGCUCAGGUGGACGACGCUGAAAGGAGCAGAGGGGAUUGACACGAUGGAAAUAAAUAAUACGGCCCACAUCUUGGGUCCGGCUUACUUCGCGGUGGAGUAUGUGGACUCCAUGCUUCCUAGGAAUCCCUUUCAGGAGCCCCUGAGAGGUGCCUGGGACUACAUGCUGAACAACUACACCAAGUUUCAGAUUGCAACGUGGGGCUCCCUCUUAGUCCACGAAGUCAUCUACUUCCUGUUCUGUCUGCCUGGGUUCAUCUUCCAGUUCAUCCCGUUCAUGCAGAAGUACAAAAUUCAGCAGGAUAAACCUGAGACGUGGGAAAGACAGUGGAAGUGCUUCAAGAUGCUCAUGUUCAGCCACUUCUGUAUUCAGUUGCCUUUGAUAUGUGGGACCUACUACUUCACAGAGUUCUUCAAUAUCCCCUAUGACUGGGACUCCAUGCCCAGAUGGCCCUACCUGCUGGGACAGUGCUUCGGCUGUGCUGUCAUAGAAGACACCUGGCAUUAUUUCCUCCACAGGAUCUUCCAUCACAAACGGCUCUACAAGUAUAUACACAAAGUUCACCAUGAGUUCACAUCCCCGUUUGGAAUGCAGGCGGAAUACGCUCAUCCGCUGGAGACCAUCGUCCUGGGAACUGGCUUCUUCAUCGGCAUCAUGGUCUUCUGCAACCACGUGAUGCUGCUCUGGGCCUGGGUCACAUUCCGGCUGCUCGAGACCAUUGAUGUCCACAGCGGGUAUGACAUCCCCUUGAACCCCCUGCACCUCAUCCCGUUCUACGCGGGAACCCGGUUCCACGACUUCCAUCAUAUGAACUUCGUGGGGAACUACGCGUCCACCUUCACGUGGUGGGACAAGCUGUUCGGCACGGAUUGGCAGUACAACAGAUUCCAGAACAAACAGGAGGAGAAGAAAACCCAGUGAAAAGCCACAUGGGGAGGGGGCGGGGCUUAUUCUGGCCCCUCCCUCUCGUCGUUGCUCAAUUGACUUUAGACCAAUAGACUCUGCUCUGCAUGCUCACGGCAGGUUCAAUUAUGGUGAGGUUCCCACCUACAGCUUCCAGACCCCUGUGUUGCCACACUGAGAUUUUAAACUCAAUUAUCAUUUUUGCUAAUCUAAUUAAAAUAGUUUUGGUUAUUUUCUAAUUGCUAUAAAAAAAGCAAUUUUUUAUGAUGUGCAAAAUUAACACUUUGCAUUGCCUCUAUUAAUACAGGGAUAUUUAUUAGUACCGUACAUGUCAUCGGUAAUCAGUAUGAUACAAAUUUUCACAGUUGGUGGCCUAAUCUUUUUUGAAGAGAAUCUUUUAAAAAUUAAAAUCGUGCUUGGUUUCUGUGCAUGGAUCGAUCGCCAUAUUUUUGGUUGUGAUAACCCUCAGAAAUUAUAUUUAAACACAGUGCCUUUAGCAGCAGGAAGGUAUGAGAUGGCUGAAGGUCAGGAAAAACGUGUUGUUAUCGUAGUGCGGAUCGUGGCAACGAGCCAGACAGGAAUAGGUGACAGUAAGUGAACGAAGUUUGGAAGCUUUGCUUGAUGUAGAUUGUAUGUAUGUAUGGGAGAAUGUAAAAGGUAUGUUAGCAUUUCAGAGAGCACUUUAUCCAUCGUUUUUUUGUACUAUGCUGUCCGUUUUGUGUGUUUUUUUGUGCCGGUAAGUUGGCAGAUUGACCGCAGGGGAAGCCGCUGAGUCUGAGUUUUUUUUUUCUUCAUUUCUAAUCCAUUAAGGUAACGAUUACCGUAAAAGUAUUUUACACUGAUGCAAAAAAACACCGAUCUGCUGUAACAUGAUUCUUUUAUAAAGUCAUGAUCUGUUUAUGAAUGAGACUCUGCAAGGCUGCUGACAUUGCUUGUGGAAGAAUUAUAGUUUUCAUAUCCAGAGACCAUGGCGUGAGACGAUUUUUUUUUUUGUUUGUUUUGACUGAACUGCUACACAGAAUCAAAGUCUGAAAUGAAGUCGCAAUUUAAUUUUAGGAUAUAAUUAGUCAUGCUCUGUAUAUUUAAGUUUUUAGGGAACUAGUAACACUGUGGUUAGGUGGGUGUAUGUCAGUGUAACUGUGGAAAACUGUAUAAAUGAUGGUUUAUAAUUUAGUGGUUAUUUUAAAGUAACCCUGGCUUGCGGUCGUCUUCUCCUCCAGCCUAAAGUAGUUUAAAACCAUGCACAUUAAAACACUGGAACAUUUAAAACUUC